AUGAGACGAGACUUCGGGGGAUCAAGCUACCCAUCAGUACACCAGAGUUGCAAAAUUGAUCAAUUCAUCCGCCUGAAACCCUUAAGUUUUGAGGGUGGGACUGACUCGAUUAAGGCUGAAAUGUGGAUGCAAGAGAUGGAGAAGAUAAUGGCAGUGUUGAAUUGCAAUGAGCAAAAGGUUCUUUUUGCCACCUUUCAGCUGGCCGGCAAAGCUGAACGGUGGUGCCAUGUGGUAAAGCUAUUGAAAGAACAGCGAGCAGUACCUAUAGCAAUGACCUGGGGUCAUUUCAAGCAGGUCUUCUACGACCGAUACUUCCGCGUUACCACCAGGACUGCGAAGGCGGAAGAAUUUUUCAACCUGACUCAGGGGCGUCUCACUAUUCAGCACUAUGCUACUAGAUUUCUAAAACUUUCUCGCUUUGAACCUUCCAUGGUUCCAAAUGAAUACCAAAAGGCAAGGUGGUUUGAAAGGGGCUUGAAUAAGAGGAUUCACGAGCAUAUGGCGUGUUUGCAGAUUCAGGAUUUCGCAGAACUGGUGGAAAAAGCCAUCGUGGCAGAGUCAAGUCUGCAGAGAGGUGCAGAGGCAUCAGAACGAAGGAAAAGGCAUGCGUCUCCUAGUCCUUAUGCAAAUGUCAGACAAGGGUCAUGGAGGGGAGACGGAGAUGUUGUGGGUCAAGGGUCGGAAAGAAAUGAUCGAGGACAUCAGGGCGAUUCGUCACGCCCCCACUGCCCUAGAUGUUACUAG